GUCAUCACACGUAUCGAAGACCUUUCCUAUCGGAAAGAAAAUGUGCCUGUGCAGUGUGUUAACAGCGUGGAUGGCGAAGUGCCUGGCUAUAUUGACUAUACACCGCGGCGUCAGCCGGCUGGAAUCGUUCCAUUAGAUCAGACAACUGCUGAGACUGGUUUCCUUGUUUGUUGCGAUUGCACGGACAACUGCAGAGAUCGUAGUAAAUGUGCAUGCCAGCAGCUAACCGCAGAAAUUAAGUUUUCCUGA